CUGCGACGGCGUACCGGAGAGAGCGACGGAUCGCCAGGACCCUCCCCGCGCCCGACCGCGUCCUGGUCCCCGCCCCGGGGGCGGACCUGCCGCCUGGAAAGGGAUGCGGUUAAGGCGUGACCCUGUUCGCUCCUUGGCUCCCGGCGCCGGAGAGCCGGUCCCAGGACGCACGUCUGCCGGGCCGCGUCCAGAAGAAGCUAAGUGACUGGUAUUGGACUUGUUAACUUUAUUCCUGCCAUGCCCACACUGCUUGCUCUGGGAUCUCCUACACACGGCGCCAGGCACCGCAUUUGGUACCAGGUGAAAAUGUGUAUGUAAAAUGCAAGCUCACCUUAGCAGAAGCCUUCGGACAGUGUUGCCCUGCCCUCUAAAACUGGAUCAUGAAGGUUUUGGAGAAGAAUUACUUCUGGAUGUUGCUUCCACUGCUUUGUCUGAUGGCUGAGGCUGCGGAACAUGAAGAGGUAGCCAAACAUGCCAUCAAGUUACACCGAGGCCGAGGAGCAGCCAUCACUCAGAGGAAACAUUGGGUCCUCGAUAGUUGCAGAAAGCUCUCUGGGCUUCUUCGCCAAAAGAGUGUGGUUCUGAACAAACUGAAAAGCGCAAUCAGAGCAGUAGAAAAAGACGUUAGCCUUUCAGAUGAAGAGAAACUGUUUCAGGUGCACACAUUUGAAAUUUUCCAAAAAGAGCUGAAUGAAAGUGAAAACUCAGUGUUCCAGGCGAUCCAUGGCCUCCAGAGAGCCCUACAGGGAGACUACAGAGAUGUCGUGAACAUGAAGGAGAGCAGCAGGCAGCGCCUGGAGGCCCUGAGAGAGGCUGCGAUAAAGGAAGAGACAGAAUAUGUGGAACUUCUGGCAGCAGAAAAACAUCAAGUUGAAGCUCUCAAAAAUAUGCAACAUCAAAACAAGAGUUUAUCCAUACUUGAUGAAAUUCUUGAAGAUGUGAGAAAGGCAGCCGAUCGUCUAGAGGAAGAAAUAGAAGAACAUGCUUUUGAUGACAAUAAAUCAGUGAAAGGGGUCAAUUUUGAGGCAGUUCUCAGAGUAGAAGAAGAGGCCAAUUCCAAGCAAAACCUCACGAAGAGGGACGUGGAGGAUGAUUUGGGUCUUAGCAUGCUGAUUGACUCCCAGAACAACCGGUACGUCUUGACCAAGCCCAGGGAUGCCACAGUUCCACGCGCAGAUCACCACUUCCUCAAGGACAUUGUUACCAUAGGAAUGUUGUCUUUACCUUGUGGCUGGCUGUGCACAACAAUAGGGUUGCCUACGAUGUUUGGUUAUAUUGUUUGUGGUGUACUUCUGGGGCCUUCGGGACUAAAUAGUAUUAAGUCUGUUGUGCAGGUGGAGACCUUGGGAGAGGUCGGUGUGUUCUUUACUCUGUUCCUUGUUGGCCUGGAGUUCUCCCCAGAAAGGCUGAGAAAGGUGUGGAAGAUAGCCUUACAAGGACCAUGUUACAUGACGCUGUUAAUGAUCGCAUUUGGCUUGUUAUGGGGACACCUUUUACAGAUCAGACCCACUCAGAGCGUCUUUAUUUCUACCUGCUUGUCCUUAUCGAGCACACCCUUAGUGUCCAGAUUCCUCGUGGGCAGUGCCCGGGGUGAAAAAGAAGCAGGUGACAUCGACUACAGCGCGGUGCUGCUUGGGAUGCUCGUCGUUCAGGACGUGCAGCUGGGCUUGUUCAUGGCUGGCCUGCCCACCCUUAUCCAGGCUGGAGCCGGUACUUCCUCCAGCAUUGUCAUGGAGACUCUGCGGAUCCUGGCUUUGGUCGGUCAGAUUCUCUUCUCGCUCGCUGCUGCUUUUCUUCUAUGUCUUGUUAUAAAGACUUACCUCAUUGGACCAUAUUAUCGGAAACUGCAUGUGGAAAGCAAAGGGAACAAAGAAAUCCUUAUCUUAGGAAUCUCUGCUUUCAUCUUUUUAAUGUUAACGGUCACGGAGCUGCUGGACAUCUCCAUGGAGCUGGGCUGCUUCCUGGCCGGAGCGCUCAUCUCUUCCCAAGGCCACAUGGUCACCGAGGAGGUCGUGUCUUACAUCGAGCCCAUCCGUGACUUCCUGGUUAUCAUCUUCUUCGCAUCCAUAGGCCUUCACGUGUUCCCCACUUUUGUGGUGUACGAGCUCAGCGUCCUGAUGGUCCUCACGCUAUCGGUGGUGAUCAUGAAGUUUGUUCUGGCAGCUCUGGUCUUGUCUCUCCUCCUGCCGAAGAGCAGUCAGUACGUCAAGUGGAUCGUGGCUGCGGGCCUGGCGCAGGUCAGCGAGCUCUCUUUUGUCCUGGGCAGCAGGGCACGCAGAGCUGGCAUCAUUUCUCGGGAGGUGUACCUCCUCACCCUGAGCGUGAGCGCGCUCAGCCUCCUGCUGGCCCCGGCGCUGUGGAGGGCCGCCGUGGCGAGGUGCGCGCCCCGGCCGGAGAGACGCUCCGGCCUCUGGAGGGCCGCGGCGGGCCGGACGGCUUCGCGACGGAGACCCGGAGACCCGUGUGCGGCCGCACCUCCCCGCGCGACCGUCGCCUCGGGGACAGAGCGCCCUGUGGCAGGGGCUCCCCGUCUGCCCGGCGUGACGACCUUUACUGCCGCGGUCUCGGGCGCGCCGAGUGCUUUACUCCAUUCAGUUGGUCACGCACGGUAUAAAUAUAACGCUGCAUUUUACGGAUCACCCUGACUGUUUUGCCUGGAUGUGCCUUUUUUUCUGAAGUUAAUGUUAGCCUUCUAUUGUUACUUCAUCAGUUCAUGAUUUUUUGGUAAAAAAAUCAGAAAGGUUUUUUAUUUAUUCAACUUUUGUGUUGCAAUCUGUUGGUCAAUAUUUGUUAUUAAACGUUUCUGUGAUGUGACAUUUUAAUUCGCGCAGUGAGUUUGGAAAGUUACUUUAGUCAUUACUGUCUCUUUUCUAAAAUGACAGAUAUCUUCUAAAUGUCUAUUUGUUUUUAUUAUAAUAAUUUUAAAUAAAACAUGUCGGUUUUUAUUAGAUAUGUCAUCCUUUUAAAAUAUUUGUUUUGAAUCACAAGAAUAUGCAUGCUUUAAUAAAGAUCAUUUACAAUCAGGAAUUAAUUGAAAUUUAUUGGAAUUUUUUUAGAUUUUUGUGUUAAACUGAUCUUUGACAGUUUUUAAAAGUGAGGAUGAUUUGUACCUUGCCGCAUCAUUCUCUAACAGACCAAGUUAAUACAGUGCUAUUUGUAAAGCCUAAGUUGUAACUUUGAACUUUAUAUUUUGGUUACUGUAUGCCUCAUUUCAGAGAACUCGGGGCUGGAAGGUCUGGUCCUUACAGAUUUCCCCGAGAGGUACUGAGUGGAGUGUCCUGUCAAGAUGGGCUUUAAGAGCCUAGCACUUGGACCAGAGUCCUUACAGCGGAGGAACGCCACCUCGGCCACGACCAGGACCGCAGAUGUGACCGUGUGAUUAACAGUGUGUGGGAGGAAGUGAGCUGCAUCUGGUCUGCAGGAAAUGGAUAGAGAGGAGAUACAGCACUGGUUUUAUUCAUUUCUCAAUCAGAGCACAUCAGUGCCCUUCCCUCAAAACCACUGGGUGUGGACACGCGGGCAGGACGCUUUCUCUUACGUGCCCAGCAGGCUGGAAUCCACUCAGGACGGCCUCUGGGGUGCCUGUUCUUUCAUUUUCAGUCCCCAGCACCUGAGGGCAGAGCUAGGAGCUCAAGAAAUUGUGUUAAGGGGAAGGAGACCUAUUUGAUGCGCUGACGUAGUUUUUCCCAGAACGUGGAGCAGGGGAUGUCACUGGUGAGUAAAGACGCCAAGAGGACGUGCCUUUGGAAGAUGUCUGCCCGCAGGGCACCCUCCCUGGCGGGCUGCAGCCCCAGGACGUGGCCUCUUCACCUUCCACUCACCUCUCGGGGCCCAUCGUCCACACCCCUGCCACACAGUGAGGCCACAGAGCCAUCUCCGGCCUCAUCCUCCCUCUCCUCUCCUCAUCCGAACUCAGAGAGCUCAGCUGUCCCCUCUCUGCCCCGACGAGCCGCUGGGCACCCCUGGGAGCCCCUGCCGCUGCCGCCAUCAGCAUCUCUUCUGCGCAUGGGCUAGUCCUGCUGUUGAUGGCACGCCGGAGGGAAGUGUGCUUGCUGACCAGCCUAGGAGUGACCUCCUCACCUUGAUUUUAUUUUAUUUUUUUUUUUUUAAAGAUUUUAUUUAUUUAUUCGACAGAGAUGGAGACAGCGAGAGAGGGAACACAAGCAGGGGGAGCGGGAGAGGAAGAAGCAGGCUCAUAGUGGAGGAGCCUGAUGUGGGGCUCGAUCCCAUAACACCGGGAUCACGCCCUGAGCCGAAGGCAGACGCUUAACCGCUGUGCCACCCAGGCGCCCCCUCACCUUGAUUUUAAAACCCGGUGUCUGGUGUGAGCCCGUUCCUAGUGGAUUGACAUCUGAGGCACAGAGCUGAAGACAGAGGGGAGGGUGGGGCACCAGCUGCUGACGGCCAGUGCCUCACCGGGUCCCUGACACACGUCAUCUGGGUGGUCACCCCUCACACCCAGAGUGCUAACCCGACCCCCAGCUCCUCUGGUCCCCACGUGCAUUGCGCGUGUUCCAACCUGCUGGCGCCCUCGCGUGGCCUUCCUGCUUCCUGGGUCUGAGUCCCGCCUACACUCUGGCAGGCCGUGUGGGCAUGGGUGUGGUCGCCGCAGGAAACCGUGUCGGGGCCGGGACACCCCUCCCCUGCACGGCCCCUCGCCCUGCCUCCCCGGCUGUUCAGCGUUCACCGCGGUGCGCGCUUCCUUCCCCGAGGAGCCGUUAGUGGCGUGAACGCUUCCCAGAAGUACUGUGUUCUGUGGUCUUUUACUCAACCGUGUUUCUGACUCAUCCUGAUGCUGAGUUUGAGGCAGACAUUCUCACCCUCUGUGACCGUCCCUUCCGUGAAGACGCUGCCAAGUGCUUCUGUCACCAGCGGUGUCCCGGCAUGGUCACCACGGCAUAGUUUUGGAAAUGCUCAGCGAGGGGAGAGGCAGGGGGGCCUCGGGGUCCUUGACUCCUGCAAGGAGGCACAGCAGCAUCCGUGUGCACGCAGGUGUGGGUGCCCAGGUGCUUCUCAGGCGGCACGUUAGCACCUACCUGGCGGUGGUCAGCCUUUGUCACCUCCUCCACGGGACACUCAUGAGCCUCGAAAGACUCUCUGUUGGCCUGUGUUGAGGCGCUAGUCCCAGGGCAGGGGUGAAGUGGCGUAAGGAGCGACCUGAAAGCGCCUGACCCGUGGUGGGUGCGGCUGCGUCACAGGCGGGUCCGCGGGGACUCCUGGUGUCGUCCAGCCAGCAUGGCUCUGCCGCAAUGGAGCCCAGAUCCCGUCGGUCCGGACUAGGGCCUGAAAAUGAGUGUUUCUAACGCAUUUCCAGGCAGUGCUGGUGCGGCUGGGCUGGGAGCACACGGGAGAGACAGCCGUCCAGCUCAUGGUGGCCCUAGCUGGGCCUUUGCUGACCGAACACGUGGACCCAGAUGCGAAGACAAAGGCCUCCGAGCCGGGAACAGAGUCUGGAACAGAGCUGCCGCGGCACUGGGCUCCGAGGACCACUGCGCAGCGUCUCUCCAACGGCAGACUCUGGUGGAGGAGGCGUCCCCUGGAGUGGAUUGUGGCCGUGGGAGCACAGCCACCCAGCCAGGCAAGUGCUGUUGCCGUCUCUGGCUCAGUCACACAUGCGCGUCACGUGCGCGUGUUGGCCAGUCGGAGAGUUUGAAGCCACUGGCGUAAGGGAGGAAGGUCGGGGAAGGCAGAACACAGGUGCUUCCUGGGGCUGAGGGGGCCAUGGGGUCUCGGGAGCGGCUGGGGGGGGCGCUCAGGAGACCCUGGCUUCCAGCACCUUCUGCCCCGACCAGGUGCCAGGCGGGCACCACCGUGGCGUCCAGCGCACAGAGGGAUGCCGCAUGCGGCCGGCGUGCUCAGGUGCUUCUCAGGGAGCGGCCGUGUGUCCCGCCCGGACAGGGGGAGCUGGGGUGCAGGCUGCAUGGUGGGUGAGCACCAGCUGUCCAUAGGAAGCAAGUCACUGGAAUCUCUUAUUUCCCGAUUUAUGAAUGAAAUCAAGUGUGGAGAAAUGACCCAAGAACUUGGUGUGUGCACAGGCGAGGCGGGCGCAAGGAAAGAAGGGAGCAUUUAUGAGCAAAGGGGCACCAUUAUUUCAAAACAAGGAGUAUUCGAGAGGGAGGUGAGCACAUCGAGCUCUGCACCCUACCUGCGUUGCAGAGGCUUGGUGGCUCCCGGGCAGCCGUCCCCUGGGGGGACACCUCCCACGGGAGGUGCUUUUAUGGGCUUGCUGUUACCUCAAACCCACUUUAGGGAUCAAAGUGCUGCCUCAGCAUGGGUUCUCAUAUGGGGGUCGGGCGUUGUUUUGAGAUGUGUUUCCUCCCCUAAAUUCCCAUUUCUUCCCUCAAAGUGGACUCCAGCGUCUCAGGGUGGAUCACAAUGGUCCAGAGGACAGAGCUAGCUUGCCGGUCUUCCUGACGUUUUACAAAAGCCCUCCAAAAGGGCUUUUAGAGGCUCGACCGAGAAGGUAAAAGGAAGGUGAAUUUGCUCAUCGAGAUGGAGGCCGGGGAGCCGUCCAUGUGGGUAGAGGACGGGACCCAGCAGCCUCACGAAGGACCCCAUGUGCCCGUGGCGUCUGACUCGGGACACCGGCCAUGACCGUGUGCAUUCUGGGCAGAGAAAACCCCAAGAACAAGAGGAAAGCUCGCAGGAGCCCAGUGGUCGGACACUGAGCUUGAACAUAGGCUGGCAGUCCAAGGGUGCCGUCCGUCAGCCCCGGGACUGUGCACUGGGCUCCCGCGCGGGCAGCGGGCCGCUCCCUCAGCCACGCUGGUGUCCACCGCUCAGCCGCCAGCUCCAGCACACGGCCUGGACCCUUUCCAGGUUCACACACGGUUCCAAAUUCCUUUUGAUAGCUGCCGUUUUCCCGCAAACCUUUCCUUGAAAUGUGAAGAUUAGAGAAGGAAGGUGGACACAAACCCAGGAGGACUGAAAAGUGGAGGGUAGUCUGAAAUGACAGUUUGGGGGUCAGCAAGUCGGCGAGAGGUCGGGCCUCACGAUCUGAGAUUGUAAAGCAGGAAGGUCAGCCCGCCUUCCUCGUAGGCUGCUCUGCAAGGCCACCGGUCCUCCAUCCCUGACGCUGGGAACCCCGUCAACCCUGGUGCCACCGCCGCAGAGGCAUGAGCCGGGCCUCGGGGAAGCGGAUGGGGGCGCACUCCGCUGAGGUCGUCGGGUGCCCGCACUUUUGCCACGCUCGCCGUCCUGACCGUGCCGCACACUGUGGUCCAGGCCACGGGCUUCCAGAAAUUAGAUGCGGCAGCCUGGCAAGAAGGAACUUUCCCGGCUGAACGAAGGACCAUCGACUCCCACUUGCGGGUUUCCAGAUUCACUCCUGCUCCUCAGCUUUCCCGGAGUAACGGGCACGACACGAGCCGGCCGUUCCUGCGGGCUGACGUCUGCCUUCUGUCCCACGACGGUCUCUUCUGUGUUUCUAUCGCACACGUUCCUGAGACACCUAGUUGCACCGGGAACGAGUGCUUGGCGAGCACUGAAAACCGACACUCCGUUUUUGACUUCUCCCUGGUGCGUCUGACCCACUUAUGGGAUCCAAAAUACACUUCCCCUGCCGUCUGUGGCCGUCCCAUUCUGCUGUCACCCGUCAUGCCAACGGUUCUUGAUCGUCUGUUUAUUCUGGUCCAACAUCCACGUUGGACUAACUCGCAGAGAAUUUAACCCCCCAGAGAGCGAGACGAGGCUGGGGUGCCAGGCCACUGAGGCUCCUACCAGCACCGCGUGGCAACUGUGUGUACCUGUCCCUGGCCUAGUUUGAGGACCUUGGACGUCGUUAGGUCUGGACCCUCCCCUCCUCCCACCGGAAGGACUGGAGCUUGGCUUGCCACCCAGUGAACCUGCCUUGUCACGGAGACCCCAGGACACUGACACAGGCUUCCUGUGCCUGCCCAGGAAUGAGGACUUGCUUCCCUCUUCGGCCCUGCAUCCGCAUGGCUACAGGACUUGGGAGACCCGGUGGGUGUGUAGGACGACCAGGGCCAGCCCUGGGGCCAGCCACCUGCAGGCUCAGCUGGGACAAGGGCCCCGAGGGUCUGCACAGACCCAGAGCCCGAAGGUCGGUGCGACUCUGUCCCGCUUGGUUCCCCUGGCUGCACGUGGGAGCUGCUGCCCCUUUCCCGCAGGUGAGCGCAUGAGCUAGGCUGCCCAGCCUGUCAUUCGGUCAGUUCACAGGGUCCUCCCAGCUUGGGUGGGCUUUCCUCCAUCAGGUGCUUUAGGAGAAGUUAUACCGAGUGACAGAAUGUAAAGGACUAAGUUUCUGCGAGUACAAGCGUGUGCGUGUGUGUGGACAGGAAGGUACAUAGGUGAGUGUAGACGAGUGAUGGAGGGACAUGAUAGGUGGGUACAGAAGUAGACACACAGGCAGAUGGAGAGACAGAUGAUAGAUGACGGGUGGAGAGGCAGCCCCCUGGCUCGCAGCACCGGAACGCCCACCAGCCGGCAGCUGGGGGCCCCUCUGCACCAUUCAGACAGGGACUACGGGAAUGCCGUCAAAGCACACAGCAUUUCCCACCCUGACCCAGCGCGGCCUUGGGCUCAGACGGCCAACACUACUUUCAAGAACUGGCAUUAGAAAUUUUCACAUUUCUUGUUUUAAAAUGGGCCUUGGUGCGGGUGGGGGUCAGUGGGAGGUUGGGGUGCAGGCGCCUGCGGUAGUGUUGGUGUGCGGGUGCUGGGCCGUAUGAGUGGAGAGGGCCCCUACCCGUGAUGAAGGCGCUGGGUCUCCAUCCUCUCAGAGACCUGCCCAGUGUGGAGGCCAAGCCGGCUGUGAGCAGGCAGGUGGGCGGGACCGCGGGGAACAGGGUCCCUGCCUCUGGCUUCCAUGCGAGGCUGGGUUUGUGCACUAUAGGCAUAAAUUAAACCUCUUGGGAUUACAAAUAAAAAUCAUGGAACACUGAUUAGAA